AUGGGGUAUGCGUAUGACGGUGGCGGCCAUGAAGUACAACGGGUCGAAGUGUCAGUCGACGACGGCAAGACGUGGCUGUACUGCCUCCGCAGAUUCCCCGACGCGCCGAUUCGGCAUGGCAACAAUAUCACUGUCCGGUGCUUCAAUGUAUUCAAGAACACGCAGCCACGAGAGCCCGGUUGGAACAUCGUGGGUAUGAUGAACAAUUGCUGGUACGUUCUUAGGCCAGGAAUUGUUGAUGACAAAGACCCGAAAGAGGCAACCCUCGUCUUCUGGCAUCCCACAGAAGUCGGGAGUGGCGAUGAGGGAUGGAUGAAGCCUAGUGUCGAGAGCCAGAUCGCCGAAGCCAAGCACAAAGAUGACUGCUGGAUUAUGGUUGAUGGAAAAGUGUACGACGCCACCAGUGUUCUCGAGUGGCAUUCCGGAGGAGCAGCCGCCAUUCUUGGCCACGCCGGGCAAGUUCAUCAGGAAACGAGUGACGAAUUUGCAGGCAUACACGACGACUACGACUACCAGAAGCUGAAAGAAUGUGCUCUAGGCACUGUGACGGACAAGGCUGCAAAUUUCAUCAAGCAAAAUGCUGAACAAGCGGCCAAGAAAGCUACAGAAUCCGGAGACGCGCAGUCAAAAAUCAUCCUGGAGAAACAUCGCUGGCAACCGGUCAGAAUGAUUGCCAUGCGGGAGGUGUCUAAGGAUACUCGUACUUGCAGGUUUCAGCUGCCCGGCAACAUCAAGGUGCUUGGGUUAGGGACAUGUCAGCACGUUGAGAUUGGUUUCCACCUCGAGAAUCGCAUGCUGGUCCGCAGUUACACACCCACAAAGCCGUUACUUUCUUUGCAAGGGAUUGACGAGAGCGAUAAGAUGUGGGUUGCCAACGGAAGUCCUGAAGACGGCACUGAGCGAUCGUCGGUAGAUGGAGAGGGGAUGUUCGACCUGACAAUCAAGACAUACUUUCCCGACCAGGACCAGCCUGGGGGCGCCAUGUCCAACAUACUGGAUUGUGUCCCUAUAGGCGAGGAAGUGGAAAUGAAGGGUUCUACCGGAGAGAUUGAGUACCACGGCAGUGGUGAAUUCACCAUUGAGGGUCAAAGGAGGGACUUUACUCGAGUCUCGCUCGUAUUAGGGGGCUCCGGCAUCACUCCUGGAUACUCACUCAUUACACGCAUUUGGCUGACAAAGGGGGACAAGACGCAGCUCCGGGUAGUAGACGCCAAUAGAACAGAGAGCGAUAUACUGUUGCGCGACGAGCUUGUCCAGUUCGAACGAGACCCGCAAGGGCAACUCCAGUUCACACACGUGCUGAGCCAUACGAUCGACACUUGGCAGGGCGAGAAAGGCUAUGUCAAUGAGGAGAUACUACAGCGCUGUCUGUUUGCCCCUGACGAGAGCAAUGUUGACUUUCUGUGUGGGCCCUCUAGGCUAAUCCAGAAGGCUGCCCUUCCAGCACUGAAACGUAAAUUGUCGAGCGAGACGACGCCCUCUGAUGGACAGUGCGCUGACUUGCGAUCCUAA